UGUUUCCGGGUGGUUACGAUGGCUGCUGCUGGAGGGAGGAUGGCUGGCGAUUCGGAGUUUCUUUUACGUUGGUGUCAGAAAGAGUUGGUGCAGAAGUUCGGCCUGGAAGUAAACGAGGAAUUGAUUCAGUAUAUUUUGUCAAUGGAAAGUGCAGAAGAAAUUGAAGAGUAUGUUGCCGACUUGUUGCAAGGGACUGAUGGAAAGAAGCGACUUUUCACCAGUGAGCUGCUGAAAAGGUGGAAGCAGUCACGAGAAUCACCGACUCCUGGUCAAGGACAAUUAUACAGGAAAAAAGAUGAUGUUUCAGAUUUCUCAAAAUCAAGUGACCAGCUCAAGAAGUCUAAGCGGAAAGGCCGGAACAAGCAGGAGCCGCUGCCUAUUUCUGAGCAACAGCCUCCGGCUGAAGAAGUUAAAACACCAAUGGAUCUGGUAAAGGCACAGGAGGCUACUCCUUCAACCAAGAAGACAAAAUACUUGUCCCUGUACUCAAAAGAGGGUGAGGACAGACUUGCAGUGAUCCUCCCAGGUCGCCAUCCCUGUGAGUGUUUGGGACAGAUGCACAAGCUCAUCAACAACUGCCUGGGCUGUGGCCGCAUUGUCUGUGUGCAGGAAGGCUCGGGACCCUGCAUGUUUUGUGGAAUGCUGGUUUGCACAAAAGAGGAGCAAGAGAUCCUUGUCCAUGACUCCAACAAGAGUCAGAAAUUGCGCAAGAAACUCAUGGGAACUGCAGGUCCAGAUGUGUCACUGAAUCCGGAUACCUUUGAGAGGGACCUGCUGCCCCAUCAGGAAGUGGUUCUGAAGGCCGGGCUAGAGAAAGCCAUUAAACACAAAGACAAACUAUUGGAGUAUGAUAAAACCAGUGCUCGUCGCACCCAAGUCAUUGACGAUGAGUCUGAUUACUUUGCGGCAGAUACCAACCAAUGGCUCUCCAAACAGGAACGAGAGGCAUUACGCAAGAAAGAAGAAGAAUUGAGAGAAUUACGACAUGCAUCCCGUCGAACAAAGAAGAUCACAAUAGACUUUGCUGGAAGGCAAAUCUUUGAGGAAGAAGGAUCAUUAGAUCAGUACUAUAGCAGAUUGGAUGAUCUUGUAGAAGAAAUGAAGUCUGAAACACAGAGUAAUACCUCCUCUGACAAGUGGGACAAACAGAGUAGACAACAGCAGCAUUUGAGUGAACUGGUCAACCCCAAUAUCAUUCAGUCUCCUCCUGUUUGGGUGGAAGUGACUGGUACAGGCUCUCAACGGAGAGGGAUUGACAGCCACGUGGAGAGCAGAGGUAACACAAUGGGCUGUGAGAGGUCUCGACUGCGGAUCCAAGACCGAGAGUUGCUGGAGAUUUCUGAUGAUGGAAUGUGCCUCAGUAUGCAUCAGCCAUGGGCUUCACUGCUUAUUAGAGGAAUCAAAAAGGUGGAGGGCAGGACCUGGUACACAUCCCACCGAGGUCGGCUGUGGAUUGCGGCAGCUGCAAAAAGACCUUCACCACAGGAAGUGACAGCAGUUGAAGCAACAUACAGGACAAUGUAUGGCAGAGAUAUUGAAUUUCCCAAGGACUACCCAACUGGCUGCCUGUUGGGCUGUGUGGAUCUGAUAGACUGUGUAUCUCAAGAGCAGUACCAUGAACAGUUUGCAGAUCAGGAGAGUGGAUCUCCCUUUGUAUUUAUUUGUACCAAUCCACAGGAACUUCUGGUGAAAUUUCCACUGAAAGGAAGACACAAGAUCUGGAAAUUGGAUUCCAAGAUUCAUCAAGGAAUGAAGAAGGCAUUAUUGCGACAAAAACAGAUUACAUAGUGGAAAGAAAAACAAACCAGGAAUCUGACUUAAUUAGGAUUGCCUUGUGGCAGUGAAGUCCCAUAGCUGGUAACCAAAAUGUAUACUGUAAAAUCUAUACCAACUCUGCCAAUGAUGUGAAGUUCCAAAAUCUGACACUCUUCCACUGCAUUAACCAGCAGCCUGACACUCAUGACCCAGAAAUUUCAAAGCCUUAAUAUUUAAGAUUAUUUAAAAAUGAAAUUCAAAAACUUGCUAUUAUUAAAGAGAAGACUGUUCAGAAACAUGCAUUGCAUACAAGUAAUCCUACCACUAGAUUUAGCAAUUCACAACUGGUCGAUUUAUUUAAUUUGAUUAAAAUAGUUAAUGAUGGCUGAAA